ACGCAGUACUAACCCUUCUCGGAUCGCAGCUCCACCCGAACCCGCCCCACCAACCAUCUCCUCCUCCCAACCGCCGCUCACCGGAAUGCUGCUGCCCCGCCGGUGAGGAGCAAGCCCACCACCCACCCACCUCCUCCUCCUCCUCCCGCAACCUGCUUCGAGGCGGCGGCGGAGAGGGAGAUCCAGGCGGCGCGAGGAUGGCGAGCGACGUGCCCAUGAGCCCCGAGCUGGAGCAGGUCGACGGCGAGAUCCAGGACAUCUUCCGCGCGCUCCAGAAUGGGUUCCAGAAGAUGGACAAGAUCAAGGACUCCAACAGGCAGUCCAAGCAGCUGGAGGAUCUCACCGGGAAGAUGAGGGAGUGCAAGCGCUUAAUCAAAGAAUUUGAUCGCAUUCUCAAAGAGGACGAGAAAAAUAACUCGGCUGAUGUCAACAAGCAGCUCAAUGAUAAGAAGCAGCUGAUGAUCAAAGAGUUGAAUUCCUAUGUUACAUUGAGGAAAACGUACCAAAGCAGCUUGGGUAAUAAGAGGAUUGAGCUAUUUGACACUGGCAACGAUCAGGUGGCUGAGGACAACAAUGUUCAAAUGGCAUCAGAAAUGUCAAAUCAACAACUCAUGGAUGCUGGAAGAAAACAGAUGGACCAAACAGACCAAGUUAUUGAACGUUCGAAAAAGGUUGUUGCACAAACUGUUGAAGUUGGAUCUCAAACUGCUGCAGCUCUAACACAACAAACAGAGCAAAUGAAGAGAAUUGGCAAUGAGCUAGACUCGGUUCAUUUUUCAUUAAAGAAGGCUAGUCAAAUGGUGAAAGAGAUUGGUCGCCAGGUUGCAACCGACAAAUGCAUCAUGGCAUUCCUAUUCCUGAUAGUUUGUGGUGUGAUUGCAAUCAUUGUUGUUAAGAUUGUCAACCCUCACAACAAGAACAUCAGAGACAUCCCGGGACUGGCACCACCUGCGCAGAACAGGAAGCUCUUGUCCAUAGAAUCUUUCGGCAGCCUCUGAGUAUCGCGAGUGGGAGCCGACCAUGAUGUUUCUGGGAUACAAAUGCACAUCGUGGCAAUUCUUUUGCGCUUGUAUAUCAUCUCAUGCUGUCGUUAUUUCCAUCCACUGAUCUAUUCUUUCAUCCUGUAAUGGUCGCUAGUGUUGGAUUUUACGUUUGAUGUUUGCAGUGCGGCUGCCUUGGCUUUCUGGAUGUGUGUAUAUGUGGUAGUGAUGAGGAUACAAAUAAUAUUUCUUUUUGUUGUUCAUUUUAUUCGUCCCUGUCUCUUGAGUAAUGACGUGAAUGCUACAUUUUGCUCUUGUUCCA